AUUAGGGUUUUGUCGCCCCCGGAAUCCUUUUUAGGGUUUAUCUCCUCUCCUCUCUCCGCCCCUUUCCUUCGAUCCCCUUCGUCCCCUCGACCUCUCCCCUCCCCUCCCCCGAAACCCUAGCUCUCUCGAUCGUGGGGGGUAGGGUGCGGCCAUGAAGCUCGCGGGGCUCAGAUCGGUGGAGAACGCCCACGACGAGUCGAUCUGGGCGGCGGCGUGGGUCCCCGCCACCGACUCCCGCCCCGCGCUCCUCCUCACGGGCUCCCUCGACGAGACCGUGCGGCUCUGGCGCCCCGACGAGCUCGCCGCGGUGGCGCCGCCCUCGCGCGGCCACGCCCUCGGCGUCGUCGCCGCCGCCGCCCACCCCUCCGGCGCCCUCGCCGCCGCCGCCUCCCUCGACAGCUCCGUCCGCGUCUUCGACGUCGACUCCAACGCCUCCGUCACCUCCCUCGACGCCCCCCCCUCCGAGGUCUGGGGCUUGCAGUUCGACCCCAAGGGCACUGUUCUUGCCGUAGCCGGCGGUGGGAGCGCCAGUGUGAAGCUGUGGGACACCUCCACAUGGCAGCUGAUCGCCACCCUCGCCGUUCCUCGCCCGGAUCGCGCGCGCCCCGACCGAACAGGCAGCGGCAAGUUCGUCCUCUCCGUGGCGUGGAGCCCUGACGGCCGGCGUCUCGCCUGUGGCUCGAUGGACGGCACGGUCGCCGUGUUCGACGUGGCCCGCGCGAAAUUCCUCCACCACCUCGAGGGCCACCACAUGCCGGUCCGCUCCCUCGUCUUCUCCCCUAUCGACGCCCGCGUGCUUUUCACGGCUUGCGAUGACACUCACGUUCACAUGUACGACGCCGAGGGGAAGAGCUUGGUGGGGGCAAUGUCGGGGCACGCGAGCUGGGUGCUGAGCGUGGAUGCUAGCCCUGAUGGCGCUGCGAUCGCGACGGGGUCAAGCGAUCGGACGGUCAGGCUCUGGGACCUCAGUACGAGGACUGCGGUGCAGACGAUGACGAACCACACGGAUCAGGUGUGGGCUGUGGCUUUUCGCCCGCCGGGUGGUACAGGGGUGCGGGCCGGGCGGCUCGCGAGCGUGUCGGACGACAAGAGCAUCUCGUUAUACGAUUACUCGUAGCACCGCCCGAGGAGCGAGGAGAGGAUAUAAAACCUUUGUUACUUUCUUUUCGAUUGGGUUGAAGGAAAACUAACAUCAUUAAACAUUGAGAAGCAGAGACUUUUGGUUUCUGCAUGUGUACCAUGGUGUUGCAGUUCCUGUGAUUUUGCCCUUAACCUGAAUCAAUUUAAGUAAUUCGGAAAUUACUAGUUUUUAGUCUCCUCGGAUUGCGCGCUCCUGAAAGUAUUUGGCAACAUGAAUUCCUUUGUUUUCGUAUUUUCAAAAGAAAAUAUGAGAUAUUUAUUUGUGCUUGAUUUUGCAA